CAGCCCCUUCCCAGCCCCUCCACAUGGGCUCCCUCGCCGGCCUCCUCCAGUCGCGGAGGGGGUGGAGUUGCUGGCGAAGGCUGCGCUCGCCUUCCUUCCGCUUUCCCAACUCGCCCGCCGCUACCGCCGCCGCCGCGCACCCGAAGAGAGCCGCGCUGUGGCCGGGCUGCCUCCGGGGCAUGGAGGAAGGAGUGGACGAGCACGAGCAAGAGGACGAGAAGCAGAAGCCGCCGCCGCCGCCACCACCGCCGCGCGUCUCCACCAGCUACCGGGCCAUCCAGCGUGUCGGCAUUGCGGUGGAUGAGACCAACGUCCUGCCGGGGGCUCUGCAGCUGAUCCGAAAGCUGAGACCACAAUGGGAGACCGAGCGAGUUAAGACCAAGCUCUUCACUGAAGGCAUCACCAACAAGCUCAUGGCUUGCUUCACAGCUGAGAACAUGGGGGAUGCGGUCCUGGUGAGGGUCUAUGGCAGGAAGACGGAGCUUAUUGUGGACCGUGCUAAUGAGCUGAGGAAUUUCCAAGUGCUUCAAGACCACAGCUGUGCCCCUAGUCUCUAUUGCACCUUCGAAAAUGGCUAUUGCUACGAGUUCAUGCCAGGGAAGGCCUUGGGACCAGAACAUAUACGACAGCCAAAUAUAUUCAGGCUAGUAGCCCAUGAAAUGGCUAAAAUGCACAGAAUUCACACCAAUGGAAGCCUCCCCAAGCCUUGCCUAUGGCAUAGACUGCACAAGUACUUUAACAUUGUGAAAACAGAGUUUCCAAGAAAGGCAUCUAAUUCUGGUCUCCAUCAGGAUGUGCACAUUCCCAGCCUAGAGGUGCUAGAAGAAGAGAUUCGGUGGAUGAAAGAACAUCUCUCCCAGCUCCGAUCUCCAAUAGUCUUUUGCCACAAUGACCUUUUGAGCAAGAACAUUAUCUACAACAAGGCAGAAGGUCACGUCCGGUUCAUAGAUUAUGAAUACACCGGUUACAACUAUCAAGCGUAUGACAUUGGGAAUCAUUUUAAUGAAUUUGCAGGACUGAAUGAGGUGGACUACAGCCUGUACCCCUCCAAAGAGAUCCAGCUGCAGUGGUUGAGGCACUACCUGCAGGCCUACAAAAAUCUAGGCCAGGAGGACCUGGGGGGAGGAAGCAAAAGCAGUGGAGAGAGUGGAGCUGUGUCUGAAGAAGAGCUGGAGAGCCUCUAUGUGCAAGUGAACCAGUUUGCUUUAGCCUCCCAUUUCUUGUGGGCUUGCUGGGGCCUGAUUCAAGCCCAGUUCUCUACCAUAGACUUUAAUUUUGCCAGGUAUGCAGACAUAAGAUUUAAACAGUACUUUAAAGCAAAACCUGCAGUGACAUCCUUCAAAACGUCCAAGUGAGGUUAAGGCCCCAAAGAGUCUUCUGAUCCUCAAGAUCCCAUACUUAUUUUCUCUGGGUGUAGAGCACCUGCCCCCCCCCCACCCGUCGUCGUCCUCCUGCAGUUGCAUCAACGCUGAGCGGUCAGACAUCAUGAAACGGGGGAUGGAAAAGGAAAAGCACAUCUUUUUUUUGAAGCCAAAAAUUAAACCAAGCCCCUGGAACAUGGCUGUGCCAUCCAUGGAUUAUCUGCCACGUGUUGCUUUCAGAAGGUGAUGUUAGGACAUGGCUGCUGGCAAGAGAUUGCAUUCACAGAGUCUGGGGGAUUAAGGAAUGCUUCGAGGGCUUCUGGGCUUAAGGAGUUAGGGGGAGGGGUUGGCUUAGAGACUUGCAUAGCCUUGAAGGUCUUUACUAGAUGGAAUCCCCUCUGUUCCUUGGCUGGGGGGAAUGGCUAGGCAAAGAGUUUUUAACAGUUCGGUCCUGUGCAUGUCUGCUCAGACGUUAAGCCCCACUGAGUUCAAUGGAACUUGCUGCCAGGUGAGUUUGUCUAGGAUUGCAGUCUCAGCAAACCGUGGCAUUCUGUUAUUUUGAUCUUGGGCUAAAGUUUGAAGAGAGGGGUGGUAACAUCUCUAUACUACACUGAUAGGAAUAGCUUGAGUCCCUCUCAGACCUCCCACCCCUCAAUUUCUUUCAAGAGAUUGAGAUGGGAGAGUUUGGAAGAUACCUUGCAAUGCCCUGCAAUGCUCUCUUUAAAUAUAUUUAGGCAUCCAGCAAGCCCCAGACCAUACAAAUUUAAUGCAGCAGCUGCCUGAUACAUCAGCUGGCAAAUGGGUUGUCUACAUUGCAAGUCUUACUAUAGGGUACUGGAGAUACAGCAUCCAUCAGGUGGGGUAUGCAUGUACAAUUUCAACUACACUGCUUCGUAAAGGGCCAGUGUGCAUCAGCAUGGUGGGAGGAAACACAGUACUGUUGGCAAAAAAACAUGGAUAUAGCAGGUUUAGUUUACCAAAUACUCUGCCAUCAUGAUAGCUGGGGGUGGGACAAGUCCCACCAGUCCUUUGCCUCCCUCCCACUGCUGUUUAUCAGUUCUGUGUGACACCACCCUUGAGCAGGACUUUGUGCCAUUCAGUAUUUAGAGAAAGUGAAAUGACAUGUUCCUUCUCCGUGUGAUUUGAUCACAAAAGCAGGCAAAUGAAAUCAAUGCCAGUUUUUGUAGAGAAGACAAUUGCACUAAUCAAGUCUAACGAUGGACUUUUUGACCCCAAAAGCUGCCUGAAGAAUAUACACGACUACACCAAACAAUUGAGGCUGCAAUCCUAAACCCCAUUUGCCUGGGACUAUGCCCCUUUGAAUUCAACAGGACUGACUUCUGUGCAGACAUGGUGCUGUUAAUGGCCCAAAGAAAAGACAGACUGACUCCAUGGCAGUGCCAGUUCAGCGGUAGGGCAACGUGUAGAUUAGACAAGCCCAAGAGAUGCUCAAAUGCUCUUCCUGGCCUCCUCUACCACCCCUUUAGCAUCCUGUCUUACUUUACAUGUCCCUAGAUGGUGAAAAACUGGAACCAACUUGAAACAUUCCUUAUGAACUGUGAUCAGCUCACAUGGUGCUGUGCCUCACAAGCAGGCCUCUUGGGUUCCUUUGACAAGAGGACCAAACCUACGUACACACCUCCUACUGGUUCUCCAGUCAGAAUGGGAACAUGGCUCUGGCUUUGCCCCAAGGAUGGAGAAACACGGAUGGGAGAGGCAGAGUGAGAAUCAGGAAUCUAUCAGACAUGAGCAGCUGUCUGUAUGCCACCCCCUGUCCCUUGGGAUAUUAUUUUGCUUAGUGAACCAUUAAUAGAAUCAGGAACAACAGAUCCCUCGCUUCCUCAUGAUGUCCUCACUGCUUAGUUAGGUACUUUUAUAUCCCCAGUGAUCAGAUUUUCACUGAAUAUGUAUUUUGACAGAACCAACCAGCCUCCUGCAGUCUUUUAAUUGCUGUGCUGUUUUAAUUAACUUCCUCACCUACAGGCUACUGCUCCUAGGAUUCAAUUUCCUGUGGUUUCUCUGCACUGGUAUAGUUAAGGUAGAACCAAUUUCAAGAGAGGACAUUAAGUGCCCUGUAGAUGCUACUCUGCCAAAGUAGAGGGCAGUCGCAGUUUGUCACAAAAGCAGAACUAUGGGGAACAAGGUAGGGGCUGAAGUCUACUGAGUUUUGGUCUAGAACUGGCCACUGGUGAGAACCCAAAGCUUUCCAAAUCAGUCCUUAGUGCAAAGCAGGGGUGGGGAACCAGUGAUCUUCCAGAUGUUUGGACUGCAACUCCUGCCAUUCCUGAUCACUGGCUAGGCAGCCUGGGGCUGAUGGGAAUUGGGAGGUCAGCAACAUCUGGAAGACCACAGGUUCCCCAAGGAAAGUGGAUUGAAAUUUCACUGAAGCUUCCCAGAAUACCUUGUCACCCAUGCAGAGUUUCUCAUUUAGGAAUGUGGGUUUUAAUAUUCUUGAAUUUUCUCUCAUUUACUUGCUUUUGCAAGCACUUGAUCUUUUAAAGGUCAACCAUAUGGGAAUUUGUAUAUGAGAGACUGCAAUGCAACGGGUGAAGAAGAUAGUUCCAAGAUCUUGCCUGUGAUUCAGAUCCAUGAGCAGCAAAUAUAGCAAUCUUGUUGAUAGGCAAGAUUCAUGGGUUUCCACUUGCUGUGUUCUGUCUUCAUAUCUGUUGUCCCAGGAAUUACUUCAUUGGAGACGCUGGAGGUGGGAGGAAUCAUGAAUGAAUGGAAUCGUGAUGCACCCUGUUUGGCAAAAACCAUACUUUCACUCACAAGCAAGGAGCAGUGCCUUACCAAGCUGCUGUGUCUCCAACCCCAACCCCCUGGCCAGCAGCACAUGUGUGCUACCGAAAUGUGAACGUAGAAGUGAUUUCUAACAACUAGGUUGCUUGGUGCACUUUAGGAAAUGAGACCUUCACAAAAUCAAGUUCUAUGUGAUUUCUAUCCUGUACCAGAGAGAGAAAGGAUCAAUGUGGAGGCUGUUGUCUCAACGGGGAAACCCCAUAAGCUGCAUCCUGGCCUCAGGCCAGAGAUUUCACCCCCGUUUUUCUAACCCCUUCCCUUAUUCUAUAAUAUUUCAACAUUUGAGGUGAUUUCUAGCUGUCAUACAUAUUUCCAUGUGUCUAUCUCAGUGUUUGGUCCACUAGAUCACAAUGUGCAGAAGUUCUUUUUUGGAGUAAAUGUGAUGCCACUGCAGUGUGGGAGCUUCAAGCACAGUCCAGACUGCAUAAAAACAGGAGCCACUCCUCUGAGAAAUGCACGCUUGCUGCGCUUUUGUCCAUAUGCACCCAUUUUUCCUCGAGGGUCAAGUCCCCUCUCCCCAGAGGUUUUGCAGCUUAAAACAAACAAGCUGGAAUUAAACAAUAUUGGUUGUGUUUGUAUAAGCAAUGCUCUAAACACAGGUAGCCCACUAGAAGCAUAAAGGAGGAACCAAAUUGGUGGUGGUGGUGGGACCCAGGAUUAAAGAUACAUGCCCUUUGGAAAGUGAAGGCAGGCACUGGGUCCAUCCCACAGGGGCAAAGAAAACCCAAGACUUUUUGUGCAUCUGUCCAAACCCUCAUAGAACCAGAAGCCAAACCACUCAUGUUCCAGAAUGAAGGAUUCUGAGUAGCCUUUUGGUAUAUUGACUACUAUCAAUUUACAAACAUGAAAAUGGAUUUUUAUUAUAAAAUGAUAAAAUAUACACUACGCAUACGAAGCAUGCACUUCCUGUACAUUAUUCUGCUUAUAGACCCAAUGCCGACUGAAAGCUAGUGAGCACUCACUUCUAACUGGCAUUUGGCCUACAAGCAAGCAGAAUUUUGGAGUGCCUUCUUAAUGUGUCUGCAGUGUGUAUUUCAUCAUAUAGAAUAUUAAGAAUUUAUUUUUGUAAGCUUGCUAUUGAGUAUCUUACCUUAACUCUUGUCUUUUUGUAUGCUACCAAGGAGAUCGAAGCAUUCUGUUUUUAUUUUGACUAUUGUGCCAUGAGACAGCUUUGGAAAACCCUAGAAAAAUUACUGUUUGCAGCCCAAGUAGGCUUCUGGACACAAAACAAGUGUACAAUGAACUAUUGAUGCUUAUGUGUUGUACUAUGAAGCAGGUUUCCCUGUGUUGUUGUGUAGUGUAGAAAGUAGUCCUCAAAAUAUGACCCUUUUAAAGCUCUUGAGGGUUCCAAAGCUUGACUUGGUUGGGCAAAAGCAGGACAUGCCAAGAAAGGUGCGCCCUGUUAAAAUGUGUAAGCUUUCCCAGUCCAGUACAAAGUCACCAAUCAAUGAAUGAGGAAAGACUAGUUUACCAAAAAUUGGAACUGCAUCUCUUAACUCAGGGAUAGUUAACAUGAUGCCUUCAUGUUGUUUGAUUUCAGCUAUUGACCGUACUGGCUGGGGCUGAUGGUAUGCAACAUCUGGGUGCCACAUUGGCUAUCCCUACUUUAAUUGGUUACUGAUGCUUCUCCAUCUCGUUGCAACCAUGUUACAUGCUUUCCCUCAACUUGCAGGUGUGCACAGAACUUUCUGAGUUGUGACCCAACCACUUUCCUCAUCAGUAGCGACCAUGCAUUCAGCUGUAUGUAUAUAAAACUGCAAGAUUUCUCUGCAUUAUGGUAGUUGCUGACACUAUCAAAUCAAUUGUGUGUUAUUUACAGGAGCAAAUGGAAUCAGUGACGUUUGUUCCCUAAAUGAAGGGAAGAAAGGAACCCUUUUAACACCAACUGUGUCUCUCUUUAUCUAUAAAGCCAAUGUGAUAAAAUUAAAACGAGUCAAAAUGCUCUCCUCCCCCUUGA